UUUACUGUGAAAACAAAUAUGAAUUUAAAUCUAUAAAUUACUUUUUCAGAAAUGUUGAGGAAACUUUAUAACUACAUCAAAAAAUUACUAAACCAAGUAAAUUUAAUUUGCAGGUUUGGUACAUUUUAGUAAAUUUUGGAAUACCAGAUUUAUUUAUCUUAUCAAACAAAAUGGCUCUUGACGUCGACGAAAAAACUUCAUUAAUUACAUCGUUUAGUUUAUUAGAAAAUAAGGAACAGUGCGUAAGAUUGAUUUUAGCAGUUGUUAUUGUUUCAGUUGCAUCUGUAUGUGUGGGUUUUAGCAUUGGGUUCACAUCAUCUAACAAUGACGAAGACUCAAAUUAUAAAGAAGAAAUGUGGUUUACGGCUCUGCUUGGAAUCGGCGCUGUAGUUGGAUUGAUCUUUGCAGGCUCUUUCAUAGAACAUUACGGAAGAAAAAAAGGGUUAGUUUUAGCGGCUAUACUUUACAUUGCAGGGUGGAUUUUAAUAUGUUACUUUCCUAAUGAAAUUGAGACUAUCUUUGUUGGAAGAAUUUUGACAGGAGUUGCCACCGGUUUCUGUUCAUUAACUGUUUCCAUAUAUAUUGCAGAAGUUUCACCGUUCCAAUUUCGUGGAAGAUUAGGGGUCAUAAACCAAGUUGGUUUUACAAUAGGGAUAUGUUAUGCUUCUUUAGUAGAUUUUUUAGAUAAUCAAAUGGUAUCAGCCAUCGCCGGAUUAGUUAUUUCUUUCUUCAUGGGAUUUUUAGUAUUAUUUAUUCCGGAGUCUCCUAGGUGGUUGCUAACUAAAAAAAAGAAAUCCGAAGCCUUGAAAUCAUUAUUAUGGUUUCGUGGCACGCUAUACAAUGUAGAAGAUGAAUGUUCUGAAAUUGAAAAUAAAUUGGAACUUCAAAAUGUCGCAGCUCAAAACGACUUUAUAAAACUUGACUUCUCUCGACCUUUCCUAUACAGCUCUUUACUGGAGGUUUUUCGCCAAAUGUGUGGAAUAUACCCUUUAUUAUUUUUUGGUCAUGGAUUAGUAAAAAUGGCAGGCCUCACCGACCCAUUUUUUGUUGUGCUUUAUUUAACACAUGUACUUUUUACAGUUACCAUGUAUUUUAUAGUUGAAAAAUAUAAAAGACGAAAACUUCUUAUGAUUGGGGCUUUUGGUAUGUGUAAUUGCAACAUCUUACUUGGAGUUUAUUUUCUUUUUUAUAUUGAACCUGAGAAUGAUCAAAAGGCGUUGAGGUAUGAUUUAUUUAUUAAAGAUGAUGAGAAGUUAGAACCUUUUAAAGUCAAAUACAAUCAGAACUACUCAUAUUUGGCCUUUGGAUGUUUUUUAUUUUUUAUUCUAUUCUACUCCAUUGGAUGGGGGACUCUACCGACCCUAAUUAUGUCUGAAAUUUUUCCUCCUCGACUUCGUGGUUUAUCAUGUAGUUUUGUAUUAGGUGUAAGUUGGUGUUUUUCUUUUUUUGUGACAAUAUCGUUUUUUAAAUUAGUAAUUUCUUUCGGAAUUCAAGUAGCUCUAUGGACCUUUUCUGUGUUUUGUUUAAUUAGUAUAUUCUUUGUUUACUACUUUGUGCCAGAAACAAAAGAUAAAACUCUUGAAGAAAUUGAACAUUAUUUCCUAAUGGUCAAACAAUGGUUGAAUCAUCUUUUUUGAAGUUGGAAUCCUUGAAUUUUGAAAUAAAAUUGUUUUAAACAUUUGAUUCAGCGCUUUAGUUUUUAAUUUACAUAGUAAAUGA